GAGAGCUUAGUGAGUACCGUAACAAGAAGUAACACCAGUCAGUGGCAUGUGUUUACUUGUAAUGUAACUGUCAGUUACAAGAAAUGCAGAAGAGAUUUAACAUCAACCUGGACGACUCCGCUUUCACCAAAGAAAGACCACCGCCAAAGCCGCAGUUUCAGUCUUCAUUCAAAGGGGGACAAAACACCUCAACGUCCUCUUCGGCAAAGCCAGCUUCUGAACCCGUGGCCCAGCCCUUGUCCUAUGCAGAAUACAUCGUCCAGAGUAAAAACAAUGCGGCUGUUCCUCCGCAGAAAGGGUGUCCCGCCAAACUGCCCAGGACUGAAAGUGCUGGAGUUACCAACCUGAAGCAAAGUGAGUCAGCUGCAGUGUCGUCUGCCCCAGGUGGUUGUGAAGCAGCUCAGAACUGUGCCAAAGGGACUGAAGGGGGUAAGAAGAGUGAGCAGACGCAGGUGGCUGGCACGGACCAGAGAGAGGGGAACUGUCAAAGCUCAGACCCGACCCUCAGCCUGGGUCCGAAACCAGUUGGGUCUGGGAGCAGCAUUAUUGUCAGUCCUCGGCAGAGGGGAAAUCCCAUUCUGAAGUUUGUGAGGAGUGUCCCCUGGGAGUUUGGAGAUGUUGUACCAGACUACGUCUUAGGCCAGACAACUUGUGCUCUCUUCCUCAGUCUGAGGUAUCAUAAUCUCAAUCCAAACUAUGUCCACGAUCGUCUCAAGAUGCUUGGACAGACUUUCACCCUUCGAGUACUACUAGUACAAGUAGAUGUGAAAGAUCCACAUCAUGCACUGAAAGAGCUGGCUCGCAUCUGCAUCAUGGCUGACUGCACUCUCAUCUUGGCUUGGAGUCCAGAGGAGGCAGGGCGUUACCUGGAAACGUACAAGUCAUAUGAAAAGAAACCAGCAGACAUAUUGAAGGAGCAAGUUGAAAAAGACUAUCUGUCAAAGGUUACAGAUUGCAUGACCACUGUGAAAUCUAUAAACAAGACCGAUGCCAUUACCUUGCUGUCCACUUUCUCUUCUGUAGAAGGAAUCAUCAGUGCCUCUAAGGAAGACUUGGUUCUCUGUCCAGGCCUUGGGCCCCAAAAAGCAAGGCGACUUUAUGAUGUGCUGCAUAAGCCCUUCCUCAAAUCAAAGACAAAAGACAGCUGAAACCUCUUACCAAGGAUGUGUGACAUGCUUCAGGAAAGAAACCUGUAAUGUUGGUCGUCAGGUUGACUAGCUUGCAAACACAUAAACGCACCUCAGAUGACUGAAUUAAAGAGUGUAAACACUCCUCAUUUAAUGAAGUGAAGAAAGAAAUGUGUAAAAUGUGACUGCUAUGGGUGUUGUGAACUCUUCAACUGCUUGAGUUGUGUUGUGAUAUCAUUUGCUCAUUAUUGAAUUCAUUUUUUUAUGAAAAUAAACAUUUUGUAAUA